AUGUCGAUAAAACCAAAGCCCACGAGCACGAAAGCGAUCGAGAAAAGCUUUGUGGCUGUACUAUCAGGGGUUAUAUCGCCAUACCCAAUAGUGCACAUAGUGACUAUGCAGAAAUACAGAGCAUCAACAACAGGAUGGGUUUCGUUUCCCCUAAAAUUUUCCUUACUGAAUGAGUAUAUGAGCACGCCGAGGCUCAAAUACAGAAUCAAGAGCAAAACCCCCUGUCUAACGAUCGAUGGCUUACCGAAUUGCGGCGGCUUGGGCGGUGGAAAUUGUUGGUCGAUUUCGUUGAUGUUGACCAUGGCCGGCGCGGUUUUGGACCUGCGGAGACUGGUCUUGGCGGCGGAGUGGUUAGGGUGGACCAACCGAGGUCUUUCGUUGGCGCGAAUUUCCGGCGAGGGGAUGGGAGUUUGGAGCUGGGAUGAUGAGUCAACCUCGGAGCUAAAAAUGGGUCUCUCGUUUUCGGGUGGGAGGCGGAGUGGCGGCGGCGGUGGUGGCGGUUGGGUUUUCCAGGGGAUGUGUGAGAGAAGUGGCUCUUUUUCCAUGUGGGAACUGGUGGGAAAGGGGGCGGCGGAAGGAGAAGAUUCGCCGGAAUAUUCGGAGAUUCUGUUUGUGCUUUGCUUGUGCGGUGGCGUUUUUGUGAAGGCGAGGAAAGCCCUCAUCCUCCGCGGCUGCCACCCCCUCCCCCGCCGCCGCUGCUUCUCCCGAACCCUCCCCGCCGCCGCCGCCUCCCUCCCCACCGACCCUUUCUCCCCACUCCCAGAAAACCUAAUUCCCGAUUCCAAUCUCGACAUGCAGGCCGAGAAAACCAAAUUCCUCACCUACAGAACCGAGCUCGAUCUCCCCCUCCCGCAGCUCUUCCAACUCGCCGACACCGCCGGGACAGCCAUCCGCCUCGCCGUGGACGUCGGCGGCGGCGCCGCCACCUUCGCCGCCCAGAUGAAGCUCCUCCGGAACGUCACCGUUUUAACCACCACAAUGAACCUGGGCACACCGUACAGCAGUGUGGCUGCGCACAGGGGAUUGGUGCCCCUGCAUGCGCCCCUGCAGCAGAGGCUGCCGGUUUUCGAUGGGGUGGUGGAUCUGGUGAGGUGUGGGCACGCCGUUAACCGAUGGAUUCCGGUGGCCGCGAUGGAGUUUAUGUUCUUUGAUGUCGAUAGGGUUUUGAGGAAAGGUGGAUACUUUUUCCUCGACCGGUUUUCGAGCAAGAAGUCGGAUUUGGAUGGGGUUUUCGGGCCGUUGAUCGGGAAAUUGAGGUACCGGGUCGUGAAGUGGGCCGUGGCGAAUAAAAUGGGUUCUGGUUCGGGUCGGGUUAAGGAUGGGGAGGUUUAUUUGACUGCACUUUUGCAAAAGCCAUAG